AUGAUGUCUUCCAUGGGCCUCCCCAGCCUGUCCUGGAUGCUGCUCUCCUGCAUGAUGCUCCUGUCUCAAGUCCAAGGGGAAGAUUCCCAGAAGAAACUGCCCUCUGCACGGAUCAGCUGUCCCAAAGGCUCCAUGGCCUAUGCGUCCUACUGCUAUGCCUUGUUUACAACACCUAAAACCUGGAUGGAUGCAGACAUGACCUGCCAGAAGAGGCCCUCAGGCCACCUUGUGUCUGUGCUCAGUGGGGCUGAGGGAUCCUUCGUGGCCUCCCUGGUCAAGAACAACUUGAAAACCCUCUCAGACGUCUGGAUUGGGCUCCAUGACCCCACAGAGGGCUCUGAGCCCAAUGCCAGUGGAUGGGAGUGGAGUAGCACUGAUGUGCUCAAUUACGUGGCCUGGGAGAGAAAUCCAGCCACCAUCUCAAACCCAGGCUACUGUGGGAGCCUGUCCAGAAGCUCAGGGUAUCUGAGGUGGAGAGAUUAUAACUGUUAUGUGAACUUACCCUAUGUCUGCAAGUUCAAGGGCUAA